GUAUAUCGGAGAACUAUAACACACAUACAGAAACUAGAGGGAGAAAGCAAGAGAAGGAUAUAAUAAGCAAGCAUGAGUUCAGAAUGUGAAGGUAAAGGCUCAUGGCCGGAGCUUGUUGGAGAGCACGGGGAGGUUGCCAAAGGGAAAAUUGAGAGAGAGAACCCUAAUGUGACUGCUAGGAUUGUAGUUGACGGAGAAAUGUACGUCAUUACUGACUACGAUUGCUUUAGGGUUUGGGUCUGGGUUGACAAAGAUGAUGGAACUGUUGUGAAAACUCCCAUUAUCGGUUAACUGAUAUGCUUGUUAUUGUUUCUUAUUUAAGGCAAAGUUAUUUUCAUGACCGAUCUGUACGUUUUUUCUUGUUGAGAAGCGAUCAAUACGUUUUUAGAAUUAAACAUAAUUCAAUAUUAUAUAUACGUUCUCUUCCAUGUAAAUUUUGGAGUUUCUAUUCUUCUUUUUGUGUAAUAAAACCAUAUAUGCAUACAAUAUCUUAUACAAUUUACAAUGAAGUAGUUAU